GAGAGGAUAGGUUGGAGGAAGGAGGCCUUCCACCUGCUGGUGUUUGCCACAGACGAUGUCCCUCACCUGGCCUUGGACGGUAAACUGGGAGGCCUGGUCCAGCCCCAUGAUGGAGAGUGCCAUAUGAAUGAGAAGAACGAGUACAGCGGCUCCACCAAGAUGGUAAGACGAGGCAUGGUUACUAUGGCGCUAUAACAUCAUUAUAACAUGGUUACUAUGGCGCUAUAACAUCAUUAUAACAUGGUUACUAUGGAGCUAUAACAUCAUUAUAACAUGGUUACUGUGGAGCUAUAACAUCAUUAUAACAUGGUUACUAUAGAGCUAUAACAUCAUUAUAACAUGUUUACUGUGGAGCUAUAACAUCAUUAUAACAUGGUUACUAUGGAGCUAUAACAUCAUUAUAACAUGGUUACUAUGGAGCUAUAACGUCAUUAUAACAUGGUGAAUGUAGAGCUAUAACAUGGUUACUAUGGCGCUAUAAAAAAAUGUACAUUUACAUUUACGUCAUUUAGCAGACGCUCUUAUCCAGAGCGACUUACAAAUAGGUGCAUUCACCUUAUAGCCAGUGGGAUAACCACUUUACUAUUUUAUUUUUUUAUUUUAGGGGGGGGGGUGGGUUGGGGUAAGGGGGGGGUAGAAGGAUUACUUUAUCCUAUCCCAGGUAUUCCUUAAAGAGGUGGGGUUUCAAAUGUCUCCGGAAGGUGGUGAGUGACUCCGCUGUCCUGGCGUCGUGAGGGAGCUUGUUCCACCAUUGGGGUGCCAGAGCAGCGAACAGUUUUGACUGGGCUGAGCGGGAACUAUGCUUCCGCAAAGGUAGGGGAGCCAGCAGGCCAGAGGUGGAUGAAUGCAAUGCCCUCGUUUGGGUGUAGGGACUGAUCAGAGCCUGAAGGUACGGAGGUGCCGUUCCCCUCACAGCUCCGUAGGCAAGCACCAUGGUCUUGUAGCAGAUGCGAGCUUCAACUGGAAGCCAGUGGAGUGUGCGGAGGAGCGGGGUGACGUGAGAGAACUUGGGAAGGUUGAACACCAGACGGGCUGCGGCAUUCUGGAUGAGUUGUAGGGGUUUAAUGGCACAGGCAGGGAGCCCAGCCAACAGCGAGUUGCCAACAGCGAGUUGCAGUAAUCCAGACGGGAGAUGACAUCAUUAUAACAUGGUUACUAUGGAGCUAUAACAUCAUUAUAACAUGGUGACUAUAGAGCUAUAACAUAACAUGGUUACUAUAGAGCUAUAACAUCAUUAUAACAUGGUGACUGUAGAGCUAUAACAUCAUUAUAACAUGGUGACUGUAGAGCUAUAACAUCAUUAUAACAUGGUGACUGUAGAGCUAUAACAUCAUUAUAACAUGGUUACUAUAGAGCUAUAACAUCAUUAUAACAUGGUGACUGUAGAGCUAUAACAUCAUUAUAAUAUGGUUACUCUGGAGCUACAAUAUCAUAACAUGAUUACUAUUAAGCUAUACAAUCAUUAACAUCAUUACUAUAGAGCUAUAAUAUGACAGUUAUAACACAACUAGGCUAUAACAUCAAAUGGUAUUGGUCGCGUACACAUAUUCUACAGAUGUUAUUUCGGGUGCAGAGAAAUGCUUUAUGUUUCUAGCUUCAACAGUGCAGUAAUACUGAACACAACAAUACACACACAAAAAUAUCAGAACAAACAAUGUCAGAGUCCGGAAUAUAAAUAUAUAUGUACACAAUGUUCAAAAGUUUGGGGUCACUUAGAAAUGUCCUUGUUUUCGAAAGAAAAGCAAUUUUUUUUGUCCAUUAAAAUAACAUCUAAUUGAUCAGAAAUAUGUCAACAGUGAAGAGGUGACUCCGGGAUGCUGACCUUCUAGGAAGAGCUGCAAAGAAAAGCCAUAUCUCAGACUGGCCAAUAAAAAGAAAAGAUUAAGAUGGGCAGUCUGAGAUAUGGCUUUUUCUUUGCAACUCUGCCUAGAAGGUCAGCAUCCUGGAGUCGCCUCUUCACUGUUGACGUUGAGACUGGUGUUUUGCAGGUACUAUUUAAUGAAGCUGCCAGUUGAAGACCUGUGAGGUGUCUGUUUCUCAAACUAGACACACUAAUGUAUUUGUCCUCUUGCUCAGUUGUGCACCGGGGCCUCCCACUCCUCUUUUUAUUCUGGUUAGAGCCAGUUUGUGCUGUUCUGUGAAGGGAGUAGUACACAGCGUUGUACGACAUCUUCAGUUUAUUGGCAAUUUUUCGCAUGGAAUAGCCUUCAUUUCUUAGAACAAGAAUAGACUGACGAGUUUCAGAAGAAAGUUAGUUGUUUCUGUCCAUUUUGAGCCUGUAAUCGAACCCACAAUUGCUGAUGCUCCAGAUACUCAACUAGUCUCAAGAAGGCCCGUUUUAUUGCUUCUUUAAUCAGCACAACAGUUUUCAGCUGUGCUAACAUAAUUGCAAAAGGGUUUUCUAAUGAUCAAUUAGCCUUUUAAAAUGAUAAACUUGGAUUAGCAAACACAACGUGCCAUUGUAACACAGGACUGAUGGUUGCUGAUAAUGGGCCUCUGUACGCCUAUGUAGAUAUUCCAUUAAAAAUCAGCCGUUUCCAGCUACAAUAGCCAUUUACAACAUUAACAAUGUCUACACUGUAUUUCUGAUCAAUUUGAUGUUAUUUUAAUGGACAACAAAAUUGCUUUUCUUUUGAAAACAAGGACAUUUCUAAGUGACACCAAACUUUUGAACGGUAGUGUAUAUGAUGGUGUGUAUAGACAGUAUGGAUAGUAUUUGAAUAGAAAAGGUGUGUACGGCCUCCCGAGUGGCGCAGCGGUCUAACAUUUGGGUUACAUUUGCAUUUUGUCAUUUAGCAGACGCUCUGAUCCAGAGCGACUUACAAAUUGGUGCAUUCACCUUAUGAUAGCCAGUGGGACAACCACUUUACAAUAUUUUUUAUUUUUUUGGGGGGGUGGGGUAAGGGGGGGGUAGAAGGAUUACUUUAUCCUAUCCCAGGUAUUCCUUAAAGAGGUGGGGUUUCAAAUGUCUCCGGAAGGUGGUGAGUGACUCCGCUGUCCUGGCGUCGUGAGGGAGCUUGUUCCACCAUUGGGGUGCCAGAGCAGCGAACAGUUUUGACUGGGCUGAGCGGGAACUAUGCUUCCGCAAAGGUAGGGGAGCCAGCAGGCCAGAGGUGGAUGAAUGCAAUGCCCUCGUUUGGGUGUAGGGACUGAUCAGAGCCUGAAGGUACGGAGGUGCCGUUCCCCUCACAGCUCCGUAGGCAAGCACCAUGGUCUUGUAGCAGAUGCGAGCUUCAACUGGAAGCCAGUGGAGUGUGCGGAGGAGCGGGGUGACGUUAGAGAACUUGGGAAGGUUGAACACCAGACGGGCUGCGGCGUUCUGGAUGAGUUGUAGGGGUUUAAUGGCACAGGCAGGGAGCCCAGCCAACAGCGAGUUGCAGCAAUCCAGACGGGAGAUGACAAGUGCCUGGAUUAGGACCUGUGCCGCUUCCUGUGUAAGGCAGGGUCGUACUCUGCGAAUGUUGUAGAGCAUGAACCUACAGGAUCGGGUCACCGCCUUGAUGUUAGCGGAGAACGACAGGGUGUUGUCCAGGGUCACGCCAAGUCUCUUUGCACUCUAGGAGGAGGACACAACGGAGUUGUCAACCAUGAUGGCGAGAUCAUGGAACGGGCAGUCCUUCCCCGGGAGGAAGAGCAGCUCCGUCUUGCCGAGGUUCAGCUUGAGGUGGUGAUCCGUCAUCCACACUGAUAUGUCUGCCAGACAUGCAGAGAUGCGAUUCGCCACCUGGUUAUCAGAAGGGGGAAAGGAAAAUAUUAAUUGUGUGUCAUCUGCGUAGCAAUGAUAGGAGAGGCCAUGUGAGGAUAUGACAGAGCCAAGUGACUUGGUGUAUAGCGAGAAUAGGAGAGGGCCUAGAACUGAGCCCUGGGGGACACCAGUGGUGAGAGCACGUGGUGCGGAGACAGAUUCUCGCCACGCCACCUGGUAGGAGCGACCUGUCAGGUAGGACGCAAUCCAAGAGUGAGCCGCGCCGGAGAUGCCCAACUCGGAGAGGGUGGAGAGGAGGAUCUGAUGGUUCACAGUAUCAAAGGCAGCAGAUAGGUCUAGAAGGAAGAGGGAGAGUUAGCUUUAGCAGUGCGGAGAGCCUCUGUGACACAGAGAAGAGCAGUCUCAGUUGAAUGACCAGUCUUGAAACCUGACUGGUUUGGAUCAAGAAGGUCUUUCUGAGAGAGAUAGCAAGAGAGUUGGCUAAAGAUGGCACGCUCAAGAGUUUUGGAGAGAAAAGAAAGAAGGGAUACUGGUCUGUAGUUGUUGACAUCGGAGGGAUCGAGUGUAGGUUUUUUGAGAAGGGGUGCAACUCUCGCUCUCUUGAAGACGGAAGGGACAUAGCCAGCAGUCAAGGAUGAGUUGAUGAGUGAGGUGAGGUAAGGGAGAAGGUCUCCGGAAAUGGUCUGGAGAAGAGAGGAGGGGAUAGGGUCAAGCGGGCAGGUUGUUGGGCGGCCGGCCGUCACAAGUCGCAAGAUUUCAUCUGGAGAGAGAGGGGAGAAAGAAGUCAAAGCAUAGGGUAGGGCAGUGUGAGCAGGACCAGCGGUGUCAUUUGACUUAACAAACGAGGAUCGGAUGUCGUCAACCUUCUUUUCAAAAUGGUUGACGAAGUCAUCCACAGAGGGGGGAGGGGGAGGAGGAUUCAGCAGGGAGGAGAAGGUGGCAAAGAGCUUCCUAGGGUUAGAGGCAGAUGCUUGGAAUUUAGAGUGGUAGAAAGUGGUUUAGCAGCAGAAACAGAGGAAGAAAAUGUAGACAGGAGGGAGUAAAAAGAUGCCAGGUCCGACGGGAGUCUAGUUUUCCUCCAUUUCCGCUCAGCUGCCCGGAGCCCUGUUCUGUGAGCUCGCAAUGAGUCGUCAAGCCACGGAGCAGGAGGGGAGGACCGAGCCGGCCGGGAGGAUAGGGGACAUAGAGAGUCAAAGGAUGCAGAAAGGGAGGUGAGGAGGCAGAAUCAGGAGAUUGGAGGGAGAAGGAUUGAGCAGAGGGAAGAGAUGAUAGGAUGGAAGAGGAGAGAGUAGCGGGAGAGAGAGAGCGAAGGUUGCGACGGCGCAUUACAAUCUGAGUAGGGGCAGAGUGAGUAGUGUUGGAGGAGAGCGAGAGAGAAAAGGAUACAAAGUAGUGGUCGGAGAUGGCACGAACACACAGAGAGAGCCAAGCUAACGUUAACUAGUCACCCAUGUCCCGAAUUCCCUUGAAAGACUCUGGUUACCAGUAUGUAAAAACAAAACACAAAUGUAGGUUAUAACUUACCCCUAGCAGCUAUUGUUAGCCAGCCAAGUGCAAAGCUAACCACUGAAUCGACUCAGCCAGUUCGCGUCUGUUCGCUAGGUCGUUCCAGCUAUUGUUUAGUUGUGUUGAGACGAUGACCGGGAGCACAAUUGGCCCAGCGUCGUCCGGGUUAGAGGAGGGUUUGGCGGGGGGGCUUUCCUUGGCCCAUCGUGCUCUAGCGACUCCUUGUGGCGGGCCAGAUGCCUGCAAGCUGACUUUGGUCGUCAGUUGAACAGUGUUUCCUCUGACACAUUGGUGCAGCUGUCUUCGUGGUUAAGCGAGCGGGUGUUAAGAAGCAGCGGGUCAUGUUUCAGAGCACGCAUGACUCGACUUUCGCCUCUCCCGAGCCUUUGGGGAGUUGCAGCGAUGAGAUAAGAUGGUAAUUGGAUCGCAAUUGGAUAUCACGAAAUUGGGGAGAAAAAGGGGGUGAAAAAAAAGAAAAGGUGUUUACAACAUGAUUACCUAUGUUAUUAAACACAUACAAACAAACACAAUUAUAGAGUACAGUCAACUCUUCUCUACGCACUGUAACUUAUUUGACGUGGGUCAUUUUUAUCCACAUUGUCAGUGUAAUAUAGAACUAGGAUGCUAGGCUUGUUCAAUAGAUAUUCAAAUUCCCUACUCAAGCAGCAGCUCUCAAGAAUAGACUUGGUCCAGAUGGAUUGCUUUGAGGUAAAGCUAACAUCAAUGACUAAAGAUUUUCAACCGCUGGUCUGAUUCUUUGAUGAUGGCCAGAGCCAGUCUAGGUUUAGAUAAGGAGGAAUGCAAUGUAAACUCUGAGGUAUGUUAGUUCCCUGAGCCUUGCUCUGCUCCUAGUGGAGCGCCAACUGACUUUAUUGGGAACUCACUUCAUGUCUUAUUGCUGCUGCUUAUCUCCGGACAGCCAUAUGAUGCUGAAGGUAAAACUUUAAUGAACUCAGGGAAGUUCACUUAGGAGUUAAUUUAGACAGUAGUUAGGGCGAGAGCUCAGCAGUCUUAAGCGAGGACAUAAAGAAAUGGUGAAAGCCACGUGAAGCACAUUUUUUUUGUUCUAAAAAGGUUUUGGAUUUUGUACGAUGAGAGGGCAUCACAUAAACAAAGAGAUAUGUUUAUGCACAGUUUGAGUUUACAUAUGAUUUCCGAGGAGCUAAUGCAAUAAAAAGAUAAUUAACAUCAUGCGCAUUUCAACCAAUCCAACUCAAUGAUAUGAAAAUGGAUUAAGUAAAUUCAAGUUUUUGUAUUCUCCCGGAAUCACAACAUUUUUCUAUAGUUAUUUGCUGCCCCUGUUCUGCUGUGUGUCAUUUGGUGCUCUGGGCUUGGUAGAGUCAUGUUACGUCUCAACACAUUAAGUUCAGUGGAGGUACUCCAACACAAAUCAAGACUACAUCAUCAAUGGAUCCUCAGUUUGAUUCAUCCCCAAACAGGCUAAACAUGUUUCCCCUCAUCUCAUCUGAAUGUGGGAUGGAAGAAUGGGUGCUUCCCAGAACAGCACUCCGUUUUUCAGUGAAACCGUUGAACCUCACGGCCCAUUUCAAGUGUUAAUCUCACCGUUGAUUGAUUCGGAUGUACACAAUAAUAAAGGCUUACUGAAGCCAAAAAUCUCAAAUCUGAUUGCUUAUUAAAUGCUUACACAUUUUACUCAGUCAUGCCUUGGCUAUAGUGUAAAUUUGACUUAAGUGGAAGUUAGGAUUCACUCUUCAAUGCACAACUUUUGUGCAGAGCUGUAAAUAAAUAGGUCUAAAUCACUUCAGGCUUCUUUGUCCUUCUUUCUGCUGGUGAGAAAUGAAAUGUCGGGGGACUCUAAUGUAAACACAACACUGGAAUCAGAGGAGCAAUGACUUCCCUUCACUAACUUCCUGACGGGGUGAAAUGGAAGCGAAACUAAUGAGAACUUGAAGAAAUGCCUCUAACAUCCUCUUCCAUGCAUUUAUAUCUAUCUUUCUGUCUGUCUGCAGGACUAUCCCUCUCUGGCUCUAUUGGGAGAGAAGCUGGCGGAGAACAACAUCUAUCUCAUCUUCGCUGUGACUAAAAGGCUCUAUGUCAUUUACAAGGUACAGUGGCUUGCGAAAGUAUUCACCCCCCGUGGCAUUUUUCCUAUUUUCUUGCCUUACAACCUGGAAUUAAAAUAGAUUUUUUGGGGGGUUUGUAUCAUUUGAUUUACACAACAUGCCUACCACUUUGAAGAUGCAAAAUAUUUUUUAUUGUGAAACAAACAAGAAAUAAGACAAAAAAAACAGAACUUGAGCGUGCAUAACUAGUCACCCCCCCAAAGUCAAUACUUUGUAGAGCCACCUUUUGCAGCAAUUACAGCUGCAAGUCUCUUGAGGUAUGUCUCUAUAAGCUUGGCACAUCUAGCCACUGGGAUUUUUGCCCAUUCUUCAAGGCAAAACUGCUCCAACUCCUUCAAGUUGGAUGGGUUCCGCUGGUGCACAGCAAUCUUUAAGUCAUACCACAGUUUCUCAAUUGGAUUGAGGUCUGGGCUUUGACUAGGCCAUUCCAAGACAUUUAAAUGUUUCCCCUUAAACCACUCAAGUGUUGCUUUAGCAGUAUGCUUAGGGUCAUUGUCCUGCUGGAAGGUGAACCUCUGUCCCAGUCACAAAUCUCUAGAAGAUAAACAGGUUUCCCUCAAGAAUUUCCCUUUAUUUAGCGCCAUCCAUCAUUCCUUCAAUUCUGACCAGUUUCCCAGAGUACCUUCUUCCAUAUGUUUGGGGAGUCUCCCACAUGCCUUUUGGCGAACACCAAACGUGUUUGCUUAUUUUUUUCUUUAAGCAAUGGCUUUUUUCUGUCCACUCUUCCGUAAAGCCCAGCUCUGUGGAGUGUACGGCUUAAAGUGGUCCUAUGGACAGAUACUCCAAUCUCCGCUGUGGAGCUUUGCAGCUCCUUCAGGGUUAUCUUUGGUCUCUUUGUUGUCUCUCUGAUUAAUGCCCUCCUUGCCUGGUCUGUGAGUUUUGGUGGGCGGCCCUCUCUUGGCAGGUUUGUUGUGGUGCCAUAUUCUUUACAUUUUUUAAUAAUGGAUUUAAUGGUGUUCCGUGGGAUGUUCAAAGUUUCUGAUAUUUUUUUAUAACCCAACCCUGAUCUGUACUUCUCCACAACUAUGCCCCUGACCUGUUUGGAGAGCUCCUUUGUCUUCAUGGUGCCGCUUGCUUGGUGGUGCCCCUUGCUUAGUGGUCUUGCAGACUCUGGGGCCUUUCAGAACAGGUGUGUAUAUAUACUGAGAUCAUGUGACCAAUCAUGUGACACUUAAAUAAAGUCCACCUGUGUGCAAUCUAGCUAAUUAUGUGACUUCUGAAGGUAAUUGGUUGCACCAGAUCUUAUUUAGGGGCUUCAUAACAAAGGGGGUGAAUACAAUGCACGCACCACUUUUCCGUUAUUUAUGUUUUAGAUUUUUUUGAAACAAGUUAUUUUUUUCAUUUCACUUCACCAAUUUUGACUAUUUUGUGUAUGUCCAUUACAUGAAAUUCAAAUAAAAAUCAAUUUAAAUUACAGGUUGUAAUGCACCAAAAUAGGAAAAACGCCAAGGGGGAUGAAUACUUUUGCAAGACACUGUAAAUUUUUUUUAUAGAUAUUGAGAGUAGCUGUGUAUGGUGUGUAUAGUUUGGUGUGAAUGGUGGCCUUUGAUAUUGUGUUAAUUGCUGUAAAUAUUUGUUUAUUUAAUUUAAAAAAUCAUAUCUCAUGUUUAUGCAGAAUUUCACAGCACUGAUACCUGGAACUACAGUGGAGAUUCUGGAUCAGGACUCCAAGAACAUCAUCCAACUCAUCGUUAAUGCCUACAAUGUAAGUAAAUGCGCGUUCUCUCCCAUUUAGAGCACAUAUUGUGUGUGUGCUUGAGAAGGAAAGAGAAUGUCGCUCAGCAGUCCUCUUCUGAAAUUGAUUUUGGUUGACAGUUGGUUGAACACAUUUUGAAACCGGGAAACAGACAGGUAUUCCCUGAACCUGUCAUUUUUGUUUUCCAUUGCAAAACUGUGAGCCCUACUGAACAUGGCCCCAGUGUCUAGAGGACGAGGAAGUGUUGAAUGUUUAUGCUUUAGCAUUGGAUAUGGAGAGCCUCACCCAGCCCCCCCUAUUUGCUGUGGUGAUCUGGGGGUUACUACUCCUGGCUCACACUACGGCCCUGUGUCUUUAACUAUGCACUAGCACUUUAGGGUUACUGAACAAGAAGCAGGUAUAUGGACACUGAGGCGGUGAGACCCUCCUGCUACUCCCCAGUCCCCUCCAUACAGGAAAUAGAUUCCAUCAUUCCAGUACUUUGAAGGAAGGGUUUUCGAAGGGCCUGAAAAGGAUUCUAGAAGGGCUUCUUGUGUGUUUUUAAACACAAUAUUUUAAUCCAAGGAUCCAACCGGCUGUUUUUCAUAAAGUUGCUAAAUAUUUGUCCUGGCAACAUUCUUGAAUAAAUGAGGUCACAGCUCUGCUGUGCUGGAUAAACGGCUAUAGACUGGUGUGUUAGGAGAUUUACAUCUUGUUGUCCUCGUUUACAAUUCACAUUUAUGGAAAGAUCAACAAUAUAAAUAGCAGAUUUAAAUCACCACCAGUCUUCAAUUUAUGGGUCAUGAUAAAUCUAUAAUCUUCAUUCUACCAAAGUUAAGCCGGGGCCUCAAAUGGUGUUGAAUUAUAAUUGGAUGUUAGUGUUUAUAAUUGUCACAGAAGACACUCUCAUAAUCCAUUCUCAAAGCAUGGAAUAAUCCUGUCUUGUAUUAUUGUGCUGAGGUCUGUUGACUAAAACCUGACCCUAGAUCACUGAGUAAGUACUCUGACACUGUGGCUCUGGUUUGGCCAUAUAGGGGAUCUUAAAGCCACAGUCUUUGAUUUUGAGAGUGGUUUGGCUACAUUGCUCCAGCCCCAUACCUCAGCUUACCAAACAAACUGGCAGAGUCAGGCUGUUGAAAUGGCAGAUUUAGCCUUUAAUGCACUGCAGGAAAGCAGUUAUAUAAUUCACUUUUUUUGACUAGUUGAGAGAAAAAAACAUUUUAAGGGAGAAAAUAAUAUCUUUCUCCAUGUAUUUUGAAUAUUUUAAAACCAAAGUAUUUGCCUGUUUUUAGUCAACUUUCCCAAAAAAUAUUAUCCAAUCAAGCUGUGUUUUUUCAGUCAAGCAUUUUUUCCUUCUGUGUUUGAGAGAACAACAACUUCAUUUUGCAUAGUUAAGGACACAAGAGUUUAGUCUACAACUGAUAAUGGUAUCAGGCAGUGUUGAGGGGUCCAAUAUGGAUGAUGUUGUGUUGUAAAGUAGCCUAUAAUAAUAAUAAUAUAAUAUGCCAUUUAGCAGACGCUUUUAUCCAAAGCGACUUACAGUCAUGCGUGCAUACAUUUUUUUUUUUUUUUUUUGUGUAUGGGUGGUCCCGGGGCUCGAACCCACUACCUUGGCGUUACAAGCGCCGUGCUCUACCAGCUGAGCCUACAUUCUGUUCACUUUACUCGAUGGGCAGAUGGCACCACAUUUGGUUUGUAUCGUAAUUGUAUCUUUGUUGAGUGUUGUGAAGUUUGAGCACAUAGGCAUUUAGGUAUUUCAACACAUUUAGUUAUCAGUUCAUUGUGUUAUUUUUCCAAAAUAGGCCAAAGCAGGGCAGAGAUCAAUCAUGGGUAUCUGUCAGUCAGGCAUGGUGCUGAUUACCCCCUUUCACAGUUCUGUAGCUUUGAUGCACUGGAGUGAACGCACACUUGCACAUAAAGUACAGACACGGCUGGCAUGUAGCAGCAAAGCCACGCCCCCCUUCCAUCCAUGCCAACCGAACCGCUGUAGGUUUGGGGGAGGUUUACACAAGACGGAAUGAACUGUAUAAAUCUUGCUUAACCAAGGCAUUUUACUCUCUUUCCAAUUCUCUUUCUCUCUUUUCCACCCUGACUGCUAACAGAUUGAAUAACAGGUUCUUACUGGUUUCAUUAUAAAAUACUGAGUGGUGGUGGUUCUGAGUGGAUCCAGUGCCAGGGGUACUGGAAGCAUUUAACAUUCAAAUAGUAAGGUUCCCUGGUGGUUUCCAAUGUGCCAACUCUAAUAUACAGACAGACUGGAAAUCUAUUUUUAGGAGUCUUUGAUCAGACUUGUUUGGAUAGUUGACCAGUGGAUCAUCUGUCUUGUUUUCAAAUAAAUCACACAUUUACUACUUUGAUGCAAAUGUCAAAAGUACUUAUUCAUACGUGUGUGUCUGUCUAUCUGUAUAUCUGUCUGUGUGUUUUUGUGUUCAAGGCAAAUGCAUCUGUGAGUUCAUCCAAUCUCUGUCUCUGUCUCUCUGGCUGUCUCUCUCUCUCUCUGUGUCGUCCCUCCAGAACAUCCGGUCCAAAGUGGAGCUGACUGUGUGGGAUCAACCUGAAGACCUCAGUCUAUCCUUCACCGCCACCUGUCAGGACGGACAGCCUCUACCAGGCCUCAGGAAGUGUGCCGACCUCAAGAUCGGAGACACUGUGAGUCUCACAGGCCUCCUGGCUUCCCAUGGGUUUGCACUAUAUGGCCAAGCUGGAAAGUCAAAAUUGACUAUAUCGUGAAAAUGUAUAUAAACAAAAAUACGCUUUUUGGUCUUCAUCAAAGGUUAGGGUUGGUUAUAAAAUCAGAUUUUUAGGACCGUAAUUGUUGAACUUCCGAGUUUGCAGCUUUGCCUGAUAGUGACCCAGUGAAACUUUCCCUUCCUGCCUAACAUACAGGAAGUGACCUGGUUGUUAUGUCAUGGACACGUGUGAAUGAAGCAACACAACUGUAACAGGAUGUAAUUCCAGCCUGUGGACAGAUGCCUCAUGUGGUAUUUGCAUUAAAGCUUAGUUAGCCCAGUGGCAUGUCUCUCUGCAACGCUGACAGGGAUAUCAUGGAUAUCAUCCACCCAGCCAGCGAAUAACUGACUAAAGAAAGCAAGUUGUGACUUGGCAGCACUGGCAAUACACUGUGUGACCUUUCAAUCCUCUUAAGUUUGGAGUUCCUGUUUGAUUAAAUUAAACUGCAGUUGCCAGGAGACUAAAUCUCAGCCUCCCUUAUUACUAAAGGAGCGAUAUCGGCCUUGUGUUAAACUCUAGACGGGCUUAAGGAAAAUCACCCAGGCUGAGUGCCUUGAGAGAGAAGUUUGGGAGACCGGGACAGUUCAGUUCACCUCAGGACAACAAUGUUGUUGUGCUGCUUUGCUAACUCUCUUUAACAGUUAACAUGUGUGUGUGCUCAAAUUUGACCCUUCUCUUUUCUGCUUAAUGCAUUUGACAUGAGCAGAUCGGUGACUGAAAAAAUGCAAACAUAUUCUUUCCCUCAGAAGAAAGCAAAACGGGGUGGCAAAAAUGCUUAUUUUUGUUUUGGAAAACUUAAGUCAUGGUGUCCAUCCCUUCUCUGGAACUCCAUAACUUGCUGUCUCUAACCAACACACACAUACACACUCUGUCUCGACAGAUACUGGCCAUUCUCAAGGCAAGGGUCAUCCUCUUCCUGGGAUAGCAGUGGGAGUUUGAACUGACUGAACUUAUUCUUGGCUUCUGAACACUGCAGUUGGAAAUCAGUUGUGCUUUCCAAAUAGCCCUCCAAAUACGCUAUUUUGGAUGGCUUUGGAUAAAGUAGUCUAUGGGAGAUCAGUAGCCUCCACAGAAAGCGUUUUAGUGGGAGUAGACCUACAUGUGUGGGGUGGGAGGGGGGGAGGGAAUAAUUUGACAGGAGGAGAAUAUUUUAGCUGGCUUUUAAUUGUGUUCCAACAUGUUCUUGCCAUUUAGAUGGAAUGCAUUCUUCUCUUCCUUUGUUUCGGCGAACAAAACUCUUAAGAAAGGUCAGGUGACGUGGGAUCACUGCACAUUUUAAUCACUUUGAAUUGUGCACUGUUCAAAUCCUCAGGCCCCUCUACAGGGGUCUCAAUGAGGAUUUGUACAAGAUCUAUUGAAACUCUUAGCAAGGGGCUACUUUGUACACUCCACCACGCAGAGAUCCGACCCUGUGGAAUUCUUCUCCCCAAAGCCCCAGUGUCUCUCUCACUGAUUCCUUAUUUGUCUUAAUUGAAUGUAGGGAAUGGGUGUGGGGAUGGAGGGUGAAUUAAUAAUGGUAGUGAAUGGGGGAAUCCCAUCUCUGCAUGGCCAGGGUGAUGGGUCUAACUCUGUCUUUUGUUCUGCAGCGGGGGUAUUUGCUGCGUAGGCCUCUGAGUGCCAAUCUGUCCUCCUAAAAAGGAGGUGAGCAAAGAGGAUGCAAGGAAUAGAGGGAGGAGGAAUUGGGAAAGCUCCCAGGUGUCAGUCACAGGGUCUCUGGCUGCAGCCUUGCUCUGGGCCCUGAUGCUGCAUGUCAAUGUCCUCACAACAAAAGUUGGAGAAAGAAGGGUUGGUGAAAGCAGAGGUGAUUUAAAGAACAAAGACAUCAUGGUAACAGAAAUGUGUGUUAGCCCACAUUCCUUUCACUGCAACACUCUCAAACCCUAAACAGUACUAAAUAUGUCCCAUAUAGAUGUAGGAUCUUAAUUUGACCAGUAUAGUCCAUAAUGUUGCUUGAUCAGUGUUUAGGCUAUUAGGCUACAUGAAAAGUGCAAUGGUAAUAUAACCGUGUCUUAGUGCGGGUUUUCAGUGACUUUAUGUAAAUCAUGAAGCUCAUCUGCAUUUCUCAGCAACAAAAUGAAGAUCCUGUACAGUGCCUUCAGGAAGUAUUCAUACCCCUUGACUUAUUCUACACGCUGUUGUUACAGCCUGAAUUCUAAAUGGAAACACAAUAUCCCAUAAUGACAAAGUGAAUGUAAAAAAUUAAAAAUACAAACAUUUAUUGAAAAUGAAAUACAGAAAUAUAUCCUUUACAUAAGUAUUCACACCCCUGAGUCAAUACAUUGUAGAAGCACGUUUUGGCAGCGAUUAUAGUUGAGUCUUUCUGGGUAAGUCUCACCCUAAGAGCUUUCCACACCUGGAUUGUGCAAGAUUUGCCCAUUAUUCUUUUCAAAAUUCUUCAAGCUCUGUCAAAUUGGUUUCUGAUCAUUGCUAGACAACCAUUUUCAGGUCUUGCCAUAGAUUUUCAAGUAGAUUUAGGUCAAAACUGUAACUCGACCACUCGGUAACAUUCGCUGUCUUCUUGGUAAGCAACUCCAGUGUAUAUUUGGCCUUGUGUUUUAGGUUAUUGUCCUGCUGAAAGGUGAAUUAAUCUCCCAGUGUCUGGUGGAAAGCAGACUGAACCAGGUUUUCUUCUAGGAUUUUGCCUGUACUUAGCUCCAUUCGGUUUAUUUUUUAUCCUGAAAAACUCCCCAGUCCUUAACGAUUACAAGCAUACCCAUAACAUGAUGCAACCACCACUAUGCUUGAAAAUAUGGAGUGUGGUACUCAGUAAUGUGUUGUGUUGGAUUUACCCCAAACAUAACACUUUGUAUUCUGAACAAAAAGUUAAUUGCUUUGACACAUUUUCUUCAGUAUUACUUUAGUGCCUUGUUGCAAACAGGAUGCAUGUUUUGGAAUUUUUUUAUUCCAUACAGGCUUCCUUUUUUUCACUGUCAAUUAGGUUAGUAUUGCCAUCCUCAAUUUUCUCCUAUCACAGCCAUUCAACUCUGUAACUGAUUUAAAGUCAACAUUGGCCUCAUGGUGAAAUCGCUGAGGGGUUUCCUUCCUUCCCGGCAACUGAGUUAGGAAGGACGCCUGUAUCUUUGUAGUGAGUGAGUGCUUUGAUACACCAUCCAUAGUGUAAUUAAUAACGCCAUGCUCAAAGGGAUAUUCAAUAUCUUUUUUUUCCAUCUACCAAUAGGUGCCCUUCUUUGCAAGGCAUUGGAAAACCUCCCUGGUCUUUGUGGUUGAAUCUGUGUUUUGAAAUUCACUGUUCGACUGAGGUACAAUUAUCUGUAUGUGUGGGGUACAGAGAUGAAGUAGUCAUAAAAAAAUCAUGUUAAACACUAUUAUUGCACACAGUGAGUCCAUGCAACUUAUUAUGCAAAUGUUUUAUCCUGAACUUAUUUAGGCUUGCCAUAACAAAGGGGUUGAAUACUUAUUGACUCAAGACUGAGUUAGGUUACUCAUCUUCCAUGUGUUAUGUGGGCCCUUCCUUCCUGUGGAUUCUGAUUGGAGGCUUGUCUAGUACUCAGGAGGAACAUACCACAACUCUGCUGUCACAUCCUGUUCUUCCACCAUGUUGUGCUUGUGAAUGACAAUAGCUUUGUUGAUGUUGUUAUUUUCUUAGUUGACUCAUGUUUCCGUAUUACCUAUGGACAUUGAUCACCUACUAACUAGAUCAAUGGUUUGGGUUGGACAGAUGUCGCAGGUUGAUGAUGUCAUAAGCCAAUGGUUGGGUUGGACAGAUGUCGCAGGUUGAUGAUGUCAUAAGUGUUUACUCCACACACAGCCCCACCCUCACAUUGCUUAAUAUUGUACAGCGUUUCAUAUUAGUCACAGAGGCUCACCCAGCAGGGUCUGUGAUACUGUGACCUCUUCACCACUAAGCCAGUUGAUGUUCACUUCUCAUUGAAAGAGGAAGGGAAGAUGGAAGAAAUUGAUACCCAUAGAGCGAGCGCGAAAGGUCCUGUAUUCUGAGUGACAGGCCGACGCUCUCUUUCUCUCCUGAAGACUCAGAUCCUUGCGUUGCGUGCAGAGCUGCUGCCAACAUCAACACGGCCCAAGCAUCUGAGUGUUUGGCUUUGGGGCUGCAGUCCAGAGGGCUGUGGCCUUCAGACUCGGGAGCUAAACUUCAAAGCACAGUAUGUGCCCCCUCACAUCCUCACAUCCCUGCCUCUCCACCUCCCACGACCCCGCAGGGCUCGACACUGCCAAAGGACACAUAGGCCUCCUGUAGACAGGUGUGUGUGUGUGUGUGUGUGUGUGCUUCUUCACUCAUCUGGAACCACUGGCAGAAAGAGACUGAUGUGGAAGAGUGAACCUUAUCAGACCUACCUCAUGGAAGGACAUCCUUCCUGAAAUACCCCUACAGCUGCCUCUGAUUAUCUUUUCUCUUCAGUAAAAUGUUUUUGUGGUUGAAAGUAUCAAUGCUCUCAUCCAGAGCUGUAUUAAGUAUUGAAAAGCUAACCACAUUUCAUAUGUAUUCUAUUUGAUGUUAUUGAAGUCGAUCCUUAUGUUUUCUUUGGGCAGAAUUACCCAGUUUAAAGAUGUUUUGCCUCUGGCGCUUUGGAAAACACUCUAAGGUUUUAUGGAAAGUGAUGAUAUAUCAACUGACACGUAUACUGUACAUUGCAGGUUUGUAGAUUUAUGGUAGUAUCAGUUUAACUGGAGGAAUUCACACCAUUAUCCCAUCUAAAGGGAGUGAAACCACAAAGAAUAACACACUGCCUCAUCAACGACAGGCAGUCGCGCACACACACACACACACUGGAGAUGGUUGCUGUAGCAGUUGAGCUACAGAGAAGAAAACAGUAAUGCACUUCAAUCAAAUGGUGACACGAGGAAUAAAUACACAGUGAAUAAUAAUGAGUAAAAAUAACAUGAUUGAGGUUAGUGAUCGCUGAUCUGUGGCCGAUUGCACCAGUUGGUCGUAACUCUACGUUCAACGUAAAAUGUGCUCUAGGCGGACGUAAAGAUUAUACCUGUUGCACCACCUGGGCAUAUUCCCUUCUAUGAGCUAUUCCUGGGCGUAUACUAUCCUCCACUUAUUAUAGCUUAUAUCUCAUUUACAUAAGUAUUCACACCCCUGAGUCAAUACAUGUUAGAAUCACCUUUGGCAGCGAUUACAGCUGUGAUUCUUUCUGGGUAAGUCUCUAAGAGCUUUGCACACCUGGAUUGUAUGAUAUUUGCCCAUUAUUCUUUUCAAAUUUCUUGAAGAUCUGUUCAAAUUGGUUGUUGAUCAUUACUAGGCAACCAUUUUCAGGUCUUGCCAUAGAUUUUCAAGUAGAUUUACGUCAAAACUAACUCAGCCACUCAGGAACAUUCACUGUCUUCUUGGUAAGCAACUCCAGUGUAGAUUGUAGCCUUGUGUUUUAGGUUAUUGUCCUGCUGAAAGGUGAAUUAAUCUACCAGUGGCUGGUGGAAAGCACACUGAACCAGGUUUUCCUCUAGGAUGUUGCCUGUGCUUAGCGCCAUUUAAUUAAUUUUUUUAUCCUGAAAAAAUUCCCAGUUCUUGGCGAUUACAAGCAUACCCACAACAUGAUGCAGCCACCACUAUGCUUGAAAAUAUGGAGAGUGUGCCUCAGUAAUGUAUUGGAUUGGAUUUACCCCAAACAUAACACUUCGUAUUCAGAACAAAAAGUUAAUUGUUUUGCCACCAUUUCUUCAGUAUUACUUUAGUGCCUUGUUGCAAACAGGAUGCAUGUUUUGGAAUAUUUUUAUUCCAUACAGGCUUGCUUCCUUUUCACUCUGUCAAUUAGGUUAGUAACUACAAUGUUAUUGAUCCAUCCUCAGUUUUCUCCUUUCACAGCCAUUAAACUCAACUGGUGCAUCCGGCCCCUGGUGUCCAAAAGCUGUUUUUGGUCAUAAAAAAUGAUGGCGGAGACAUUAUGUUCAAUUUUUGGGGGGAUCAGCAUAAAAAACACACAAAAAAUAGCAGAAUUAUUCUGGAGCCCGUAAGACGACUGCUAUCCACUGCAGCACCAUCUUCCAAUCAACGUAACUGUUCCUGUUGAGACAGGCCAAUCUAAAGGGAGGGUGGAGUUUCUGUCUUGUUCAGACUUCCUUCCUCAGAGCAAUUAAAUGGGUGGAGGUCCUGUCCUGUCUGUGUCAUCUGCUGCUUGAAUUGGCUGUUAUUAAUCAACUAACUGACUCAAAGCCACAAUCUCUUCUCUGAACUCUCUCACUCACUCACUCACACACACACACACACACACACACACACACACACACGUAUAAACAUAGCUUGCAGGUCAUAAUUUAUGUAGUUCACAGUCCUGUCACAGCCAAGCCUUAAUAUGAGCAAAAUAGGUUCAUCUGGAGGUAGAUGGUGUAAAUGUGAUGGAUCCAGGUUGUGGAGGCUUUUUUAAAAUUCAGUUAUGAGUAUGACUAAUAGUCACUAUGGACAUUGGUUUGUGUAAAACUCCUUGAUUGAGAAAUUGUGGCAACUUGUGUAAGUCCAGUCCAUAUAGUAACCCUGUUGUACUGUUCUAAUUUCUUCCAGGUGUCCUUCAACGUCAGUGUGGACGCUAGGGGCUGCCCCGCCCCAGGCACCCAGCAGAGAUUCACCAUCAAACCUGUGGGCUUCAAGGAUCGUCUGGAGGUGUCAGUGGACUACCGCUGUGACUGUGGCUGCACCGACUGGACCCAGGCUAACAGUAGCCACUGCAGCUCCAUCGGACAGUACACCUGUGGUACCUGCCGCUGUGAUCCGGGCUACCUGGGCGCCCGCUGUGAGUGCCAGGAGGGUGAGGCUGGCAGCAUGUACCUGACCACCUGUAGGGAGGCGGAAGGGAAGCAGAUCUGUGGUGGGAGAGGGGAGUGCAGCUGUAACCAGUGCCUCUGCUACGAGUCAGAGUUCGGGAAGAUCUACGGGACCUUCUGCGAGUGUGACGACUUCUCCUGUGCCCGACACAAGGGCAUCCUCUGCUCAGGUAGGUGUGCAAAGAGAAGGGAGCACUGCCGCUACCUAACUCUCCAAAUUGCUGAAUCUCCUCUCUACUUCUGCAUGUGUACAAAAUAA